AUUCUCACGUUUUUUUCUCUUUUCCCCAAAUUCCCAUUUUUUCUCUUUUUUCCCAAAUUCCCAUUUUAUUCUCGUUUUCCCCAAUCCCGGUGUUUUCUCGCCCAUCUCAGCUCCCUGAUCCGCUGGGACAUCGAGGCCCUGCCCGAGGGGAGCUUCAGGCACCUCCCGGCCCUGACCCUGCUCUUGGUCACCUCGGGGCGUUUGGGAAGCAUCGGGGACGGAGCCUUCGCCGGGCUGGGGGCACUGGAGUACCUGUUCAUUGAGGAUUCCCAGCUCGGCUCCAUCGCUCCCACGGCUCUCAGGGGGCUCCGGGGUCUCCUGUUCCUGAGUUUGGCCAACAACCGCCUGGAGUGGCUACCACGAGGACUCUUCCAGGACCUGGGGACACUGACCCAGCUGGACCUUCGGGGGAACCCGUGGCGCUGCGAUUGCCGCCUGCGCUGGCUGCUGGUCUGGCUGGGCUCCCGCCCCUCCCCCACCCCACACGAGUUCGGGGGGCACUGCCGAGCACCCCUCCCCCACCAGGGCACCCCCCUGGCGCUGCUCAGCCCCCGGCAGCUCCAGUGCCAGCGACACGAGCUGCGGCCGUUCCAGUCUCUCCCGUUCUCGUCCCUUGGGGCAGAGCCCUUUGCCCUCGGGGGACACCCGGGGGUGGCACUGGCCCAGCCCGCGGCCGGAGCCUGCGCCCUGCUGGAGUGGGACCAGCUCGGGGGGAGGUUCCGGGCCCAAACCAUCAUCAACAGCUCCUCCCCGGUCGCCUGCCACCCCGUCCCCAUGGGUGACACCCUCCUGGUGGUGGUGGCCCAGCUGGGCGGCGGCUCCUGGGUCUGGCGCCGCUCGGGCGGCCCCGGCUCCUCCUUCAUCCGCUACCAAGCCCUGGGCUCGGGCCACCUGCGCCGGCCGCACUCGGUCACCGCCGCGCGCCUCGGCAGCCACCUCUACCUGGGGGUGGCCGACAGCUCCAAGGGCGGCACCAGCACCGUGUUCCGCUGGGGCUCCGGGGGGUUCUACCCACACCAGCAGCUGCGGCCUUGGCAGCGGGACACGCACCUGGAGUUCCUGGAGCUGGGCGGGCGCGCGGCGCUGGUGGUGUGCAGCGCGGCCAGGAGGCCGCUGGUUUAUCGCUGGAGCGGCAGCGGCUUCGCGCCCCACACCGACAUCCCGCACGUGCCCGACGUGUACGCCGCCAAGCACUUCCAAGCCAAGGGCAGCGUCUUCCUGUGCCUCACCAGGUUUUUGGGGGACGCCAAGGUGAUGCGCUGGGAGGGCUCCAUGUUCCGCGAGGUGCAGCACAUCCCUGCCCGUGGCUGACCCCAUGAGUGACCCCAUAACUGACCCCAUAACUGAACCCACAACCCCAAAUGCAGGUGAUGCGCUGGAGGGCUCCAUGUUCCGCGAGGUGCAGCACAUCCCU